GUUUGUGUGUAAAUGUGUCAGUAGCAGAUGAUCUAAACUGAACGCAUCGUUUUAUUUUGUUGUGUUUUAGUAAUCAGAGGAUAAACUAGAGUAUUUAGAAUGGAGAUCGAGGGUAAGGAGGGGUGUAAAGGAGCGGUGCUGCACAUCGUGGUGGUCGCUUUCCAUCAUAAGAGAGGCUGUCAGGUGGAGUUCUCUUACCCUCCUAUCAGUGAUGAAGGCCAUGACAGUAAUGUGUUACCUCAUGAGUGGAAGUACCUGCCGUUCCUCGCUUUACCAGACGGAGCGCACAAUUAUCAGGAAGACACGGUUUAUUUCCACCUGCCGCCUCUGAGCGAGGAGUUGAAGUGUGUGUACGGCGUCUCCUGUUACAGACAGAUCGAAUCCAAGGCCCUGAAGGUGAGACAGGCGGACGUGACCAGAGAGACGGUGCAGAAGAGUGUGUGUGUGCUCAGCAGGGUGCCGCUGUACGGCCUGAUCGCGGCAAAGCUGCAGCUGAUCACGCACGCUUACUUCGAGGAGAAGGACUUCUCUCAGAUAUCCAUCCUAAAGGAGCUGUACGAUCACAUGAACGGCUCGUUACGAUUCACAACGCUGGAGGGAUCUCAGCUCUAUCUGGGAUUAUCAGCGCGGGAUUUAAUACUGCACUUUAAACACAAGGUUCUGAUCCUGUUCAAACUGAUCCUGCUGGAGAAGAAGGUUCUGUUCUACACCUCUCCUGUCAACAGAUUGGUUGGAACCCUGAUGACCGUCCUGUCACUGUUCCCCGGAAUGAUCGAGCACGGCCUGGCUGACUCCUCCCACUACCGUCCCAAAAGCAGCCAAUCAGAUAGCCCGGACAUCAUUCAGAGCCCCGACGUCUCGGAGAACGCCGAAGUCUUCAGCGCUGAUCCUAGACCCCAAACCGACCCCACGCCGGACCCUCGGCGCCUCGCCCAGUCCGACCAGAGCUCUCCUGAUUGGCUGGACAGCGAGUGGGAGAGUCUGGACCCGAGUGUGCUGGAGGAGGAGGAGGAGGAGGAGGGAGGAGGAAGAGCGAAGGAGGAGGGCGCUCCCAUCACCAUUCAGCCCAAAUCCACAACGGCUCAGACACACACAGACACACACGCGAAGAGCGACACACACGGCACACACCCGCACACACACACGUCCCUGCAGGAGGUGGAUCAGUUCGGCCUGCCGCCCGCCGUCUUCACCAAGGGUUACCUGUGUUUGCCGUAUAUGGCCCUUCAGCAACAUCACCUGCUCUGUGAUGUCAGAGUUCGGGGCUUUGUUGCCGGGGCAACCAACAUCCUGUUUCGUCAGCAGAAACACCUGAGUGACGCCAUUGUGGAUGUGGAGGACGCCAUGAUCCACAUUGCUGACCCAGAGCUACGACGCGUCCUCAGUCUGACCACGGCCGACCUGCGUUUCUGCGACUUCCUGUUGAAGAGCGUGUCUGAUAACACCGAGGACGUGUUCCUGGACGGGACCGGCUGGGAGGGGGGGGACGAGUGGAUCAGGGCUCAGUUCACCCUCUACAUACACACGCUGUUUGCAUCGACACUGCAUGAAGACAGUGAGAAGCUGCUGGCCGAUUACAGCCCCGCCUUCAUCUCCGCCUGGAAAAUCACCCACAACUACAGAGUGUGGUCCAGCACGCACCAGCAGGCCAUGACCAAGAUCACUCCAGGCCACCCGUUCCAGGGUCAGUACAGCGUAGCGGACAUGAAACUGCGCCUCUCACAUUCGGUGCAGAACAGUGAGAGAGGGAAGAGACUGGGCAGUGCCGUGAUGAGCACCAGCAGGACUGUGGUACAGACUGGUAAAGCUGUGGGUCAGUCUGUGGGCGGAGCCUUGAACAGCGCCAAGUCGGUGAUGUCAUCAUGGUUCUCUACCAUCUCUCAGCCGGCGCUGGUGUCCAACCCUCAGUCCACAGCGGCCGAGCAGUGAUCGUCGUCCCGUCCGCGAUCGUCCUCUUACCUGUAGAUCACACACACACUACAGUCCGGUGUAGAGUGAGUCACACUUUACACUCCGACCAAUCAGCAUUCAGCCCCGCCCCGCCCCGCCCCGAUCCGGGUGUGCUCACCUGAAAUCAGCAUCCUUCGGUUUCCUUUCGUUGUGUAAUAUAUAGACGUAUAGAAAUAUAUCAGAUAUAUUAAAUAUGAUUCUGCUGUCCAGUG